AUGGAAUGCUGCUCCAACGCAAUAGUCCCGAAUCGGGCUCUAGCGUUCGCACUAACGAAAUGUCCAGUAUUAUUGGAGCCCGCGUCCCAAUGUCGGAACUACCACGAGGUCACCGGCAAUAUUAUUUGCCCCAACAUGGUGAGGGGUAUCGACUAUCUCAGAGACCCUCGACUUAAUAAGGGUCUUGCAUUUACUUUAGAAGAGCGUCAGGCGCUCGGCAUUCACGGUCUCUUAGCGGCCAAGUUCAAAUCGCAAGAAGAACAACUGGACAUUUGCAGGAUAUCAAUCGAUAGAUACGAGGACAAUUUGAACAAAUACCUUUACCUCGUCGAGUUACAGGACAGAAAUGAGAAAUUGUUCUUCCGCCUUUUGUCGGAAAACAUCGAGAAGUACUUGCCAAUUGUUUACACACCCACCGUGGGCUUGGCCUGCCAAAGAUUUGGUCUCAUUUACAGAAGACCUAGAGGUCUUUUCAUCACUAUCAACGAUAAGGGACAUAUAUUUAAUAUUCUCAAAAACUGGCCAGAACCGGAUGUUCGUGCGAUAGUAUUCACAGAUGGUGAACGUAUUUUGGGUUUAGGGGAUUUGGGAGCGUAUGGUAUGGGAAUACCUGUAGGUAAACUAUCCUUGUACACUGCAUUGGCUGGUAUCAAACCUCAUCAGUGUCUCCCUAUAACUUUGGACGUAGGAACUGAUAAUCAGGAUUUAUUAGAAGACCCUCUCUACAUCGGUCUGAGACAGAAGCGAGUUAGAGGUAAAGAAUAUGACGAAUUUAUCGAUGAAUUUAUGGAAGCAUGUGUACAAAGAUACGGACAGAAUACACUUUUACAAUUCGAAGAUUUCGCCCUCGGGAACGCGGGUCGUUUGCUAGCGAAGUAUCGGCAUAAGUACUGCACGUUCAACGAUGAUAUUCAAGGAACUGCGAGUGUGGCUGUCGCCGGCCUUAUGGCGGCAGUCAGGGUUACCAAACGAAAACUCAGCGAAAACAUAUACUUCUUCCUUGGCGCUGGAUCGGCAGCAAACGGUAUUGCGAAUCUGACAGUAGCCGCGAUGGUGUCUGAAGGUCUAACGGAGAAACAAGCUCAAGAUCGAGUCUACAUGUUUGAUGUUGACGGUCUCCUGUCGACGAGACGAGAGGGGGGAGUUCCCCCCCAUGCGAAAGUGUUUGGAAAAGACGUUGAGCCCGAAAAGGACUUUGAGAAAUGCAUCGCCAAGAUUAAACCUAGCUGUCUUAUUGGUUGUUCAACAGUGGGCGGAGCGUUCACGCCCACCGUGUUGAAGCAGAUGGCUAAGAACACCGAGCGACCGGUCAUUUUCGCUCUCUCGAACCCUACCAGCAAAGCAGAAUGUACCGCUCAAGCUGCCUACGAUAAUACUGAUGGCCGGUGCAUCUUCGCCUCGGGCUCCCCGUUCCCCCCGGUGCAGUGGGGCGGGCGCGAGUUCCACCCGGGGCAGGGCAACAACUCGUACAUCUUCCCCGGCGUGGCGCUGGGUGUCAUCGCCACCGCCACGCACCACAUACCCGAGACCAUGUUCCUCACGGCUGCUAGGACGUUAGCCAACUAUGUGAGCGAGAAUGACCUGGCCAUCGGUCGCAUCUACCCGUCGCUUGCUGAAGUCAAGGAGGUUUCAGUCGCGAUAGCGAUAGAGGUCGCUAAGAUGGCUUACGAUGAAGGUCUCGCUUCAGUGUAUCCCGAGCCUAAGGAUCUGGCGAAACACAUCGAAAAUCAAAUGUACAACUAUUACUAUGAGAGCUCUAUGCCAGUUGUAUGGGAAUGGAAGCCAGAAGAGAAGUUCAACGUGCGACCCAUUCAACCAGUGCCCAAGAAUAUUUAAAACAGUAUUUUUAUUUUAUUUAAAGUAUUUUUAUGCAAACCGAUGUUGGUUUGGUGUUUAGAAUUUUUUCUCGUAUUCAAACAUGUUUUACCUCUGUAUUAGAUGUUUUUAAGCUAUUCUACGCAAGAUUGAAUAAGUCACGCUGUUCUAAUGAUACUAGAUUGAUUUAGUGACAAAUUUUAAACAAAGGAGUAUGUGACUAAGGGAUAUAUUUUUUUUUACAUGAUUUAUAUGAUUUUAGAAUAAAAAUUGUAAUAAUGAACGACAGAGUAUACGCACAUUGUAAUUUAUAAGACAGCAAAUUUGAUAAUAAUAUGCAAAAAAUAAAUAUUAAAUUAGUCUAGAAUCAAUAUAAUGUCCUGACUUGCUUGAUGCAAUAUUACAACGUAUUAUAACAAACGUACUAAAGUACUUUUUUUUUUAUUAAUUUUAAAUUAUUGAAACAUUGUCAUUUAAUGAUUUUUUUUUCUGUGUGAUUUACAUAUAUAAUUUGAUAAACACUGUAUCCUAAUUAAUAGUAUUGAUAAGUAUAUUUAUCGUAUGUAUGUAUGUGUCAGUAGAUAUAGUAACUUUAUUUGUGCGUAGUGUAUGUGGCCUUUGUAUCGCUUGAGCCUGUUACGAUUUAUAUCGGAUUGGUAGUUUUAGGCUUGUAUCGUUCACAAAUUAAUUAAAAAUUAAUUGAGUGUUGCAAUAUAGUCAUAUUUUUCCAUUCUUUUUUUUUUUAGAUAAUUUUUUCCAGUAUUUUUGUUGAGUAUUACGUCAAUUACGGAAUUCAACGUCUAGUCACCGCGGCAUUACCGUCACCUUAUAUACUUAAAUUUAUUACGUUUAAAAAUAAAAUAAAAUACCUUAAAAGACACGUAGAAAAAUUUAUUGUAAGAAAUUUUUAUUAACAUUGUAAUCGUGUGUACCCAACCUCUGUCGUUGGAUUCGGCUUAAUAUACCAGGAAGUGAGACGUAUAUUAAUUGUUUAAUCAAAAAUGAUGAGGAACGGUUUCAUUGAUUGCUGAUAAAGCUAUCUGACAUAUAACAAUAUCCAACAGAUAAGAGUUUGAUUUAUUUUUUCUUCACCGUCGAACUCCACUUUAUAUGUCAUUCAUCAGAGUUGUAGUUACUCAAAUACAGUAAAAAAAGUGUAAUAGCCGUUCAGUAGCGUUCGGGAUAAACUUUAUCAGCAAACGUCGAAACAGACUCUAAAUAAUAAAUGUUUAUUACUAUUGUGAGAGAUUUUAACUAUCUCAUUAAUGUAUUUGUUUCAACAAUGUAUAUUUACUAUGAGUAAAGUAUCCGUUUUUUGUUCAGUAUUUUAAGGUAGUGAGAAAAAAUUUUAUUUUCGCUGAGCGAAAAAAAAAUUUAUGUUGAAUCAAGUUUUAUGUCAUGUACCCAGUAUCUAUUGAUACGAAGUGAUUAUGUUGCUGUGAGAUGUGUGUAGGUUUUGAACUAAUCCACGUUUAUUAAAAUAAUUUAUUAAUCGUAACAAUUUGUUCUGUUAUGGUGUGAUAUUGUAAUAAUUAUGCGAUGUGAAAUUAAAUAUUUUAUUUCUAGGCCGUUUUUUCGUUGUUUUAGAUAAUGAAAGGUUUCAGUUGAAUUUUUUAUUGUAAUAAAUGAGGAAUGAUAUGUUGUCA